UGCCGUAAAGCUUCCAUUCCGGAAGAAGAAGGCGGAAGUGAUGGUUGCUGGCGAGGUGUAAACAAUAAAAUGUUGAAGGAUCUGAUCAAACAGCGUCUAAUGGCGGCAGCUGACGAGAUAUUUGCGCUCUUCGAGAGAACCUUAGAGUCGUACGAGGAGGAACUUUCUCGAAGAAGAGAGGAGAAGGUUCGACGACAACUGCACGAGGCCGCUUGCACAAAUGACGUCGUCCAGCCGCUGUUUGGGCGACAAGAAGAACGUCCUCCUCAGCCACAUCGGGGGAGCUCCACUUUGACGUGGGAGGAUCCACAGCCCCCGUACAUUAAAGAGGAAGAGGAGGAGGUUUGGACCACGCAGGAAAGAGAGUGUCUUCUCAGCUUGAAGGAGGCCGAUCUCACCGAGUUGCCACUGACCGGUUUCUCUCUAAAGACUGAAGAUGAAGAAGGCGAACCACGAGAAGACCAGCCCUUAGCGCCAUUGUCAGAGAGUGACCACACAACAUCACACUCUCCGGAGGACGAAGACGGGGACGACGACCAAGAACCUUUGAGCGGUGACAUGAGGACCCACACGGACAACAAACACUGUAAAUGCUCUAAAAAGAAAACUGGUCAAAAAUGUGUCGACUGCUCAGAGAGCAGUUUUAGUGCAGAAGCGAAACCUUUUAGUUGCUCAGUUUGUCGUAAAAGCUUUGCCAAAAAUAGCCAUUUGAACGAGCAUGCGAAAACACACACAGGGGAAAGACCUUUCAAUUGCUCCGUUUGCGCCAAAAGAUUCACCAACAAAAGCCAUCUGAAUGAGCACGUGAGGACGCACACGGGAGAAAAACCUUUUUGUUGCUCGGUGUGCGUCAAAAGCUUUGCCAAAAAGAGCAAUUUGAACGACCCAUAUGAGAACGCACACCGGCGAAAGGUCUUUCGGUUGUUCCGUGUGUGGCGAAGCCUUCUCGCAAAAAGUAAUCCUGGUGAGCCACAUGGCGACACACACGGGCGAUAAACCUUAUAGCUGCUCGCUGUGUGUUAAAAGAUUGCCAAAAAGAGCUAUUUGAAUGUGCACAUGAAAACGCACACGGGGGAAAGACCUUUCUGUUGUGCAAUUUGCGGCAAAACUUUCUCCCGGAAGAUAUUCAUGGCCAACCACAUGAGAACGCACACGGGGAAAAACCUUUCAGUUGCUCCGUUUGCGUCAAAAGCUUUGCUAAAAAGAGCAACAUGAUCGAGCACAUGAGAACGCACACAGGAGAGAAACCUUUCAGUUGUUCAGUUUGCGGUAGAAGCUUCUCUUACAAGAACAACAGGAACGUACACAUGCUGACGCACAAAACCAAAAACCUCUAGGUGUAGAAGAGUUCAAAGGGUAAAUAUGGUAUCACGCUUGAAUAUUUAAAAAAGGAAACACUUUUGGUUGUUCGCUUCUCUAAAAGCUUUUUGGUUAGACACACGAGGGAAAUGUUUGAAAUAAAUUGUGAUUUCUU